AUGGGCAGACUUCUGUUCCCAAGCAGCUGCAAUGGAAUUGUAGCAGCAGCUGCAACAGGACGGAGGGAGAGGCUUGCUCCGACAAGCGCUAGUGCAGGAGUUUCAGUUGUAGAAUCAGGCAGGGUGGAAGCGGCCCUGGAGGCGACCGACUCUUCCGAGAUACGAGGGGAAGUGCUACACGAACUGCAGCGGCAAAAGCAAAAACGCCAACAAAGCCAGGAGACACCACCGCAUGAGCUGCUGCUCUUCCUGCAGCCCCGCAAUAACAGCAGUACAAGCUGGUGGGCACCUGCCGCUUGUGUUUCAGCGCGUUUACAGCGGUGGGUGGGGGAGACUGUAGGAGCUCUCUUUACUUCAAAGCAUCAGCGGCAGCACCGCUGGAGGCGUCUUUCCUCGAGGGGCCUUCUCCUGAGAGGUCGCAGGAGCACCAGCAGCAAUCUUUGGGAAGCGGCGUGUGCGGUAUUUAUUGCUGCUGCAGCAGCAGCACUGCAAAUGGCUGCCUACCCUACGGUACAUGGGGGUCCAAGUGCUGCAUCAAGCGCGACAGCACUGACGCCAGCAGCAAAGGAUAUCAAAGUCCAGAGUUGGCUGGCAUCCAGUAUAUUGCAGUGUAGCACCAGCGCCGUCUCCUUCUGGAGCGUGUGUGCAGCAGGCGGUCGGCUGCAGCAGGCUCUGGGCAUUUCCUGUGCGUCUAUAUUGGCGAAGCCUUUGGGCUUGAUUACGGUUGCCGUGGCAUCGAAUGCAGCAGCUGCUGCGGCUGCUGCUGCUGGUUUUGCCUGCACCAGGGUGCAGGAGCUCCAUGCGUCCAGCAGGAACGGCCGAAGGGGGUGGUUUGCAGCUGCAAAGGAGUUACAGCAGGAGACUCGGGGGCAGUGGGGUGGCUUACUGUUACAGCACCACCCGCGCACGUAUUCGGUGAGUACUUCCACGGAUACCAGCAGUGGCAAGGAUUUGCUGCGGCUUGUAACCGCCGAGACACUGCAAGGAUUGUUGGUAUUUUAUCUCUUGGGUGGUCGUCUGUUUCGGCUGUCUCCCUCCAGUCUCAUUUCUCCCGGUGCCUUCGCUGAGAGAGGCCUCUCCCUCUCCGCAUCGACAGGAUAUGCGUCAGAAACGGAGAGGCGCGUCAUUAAGAAAAUAGGGCUGCGCUUCGGGUGUCACACCUGCGGUAUUCGGACUCGCAGCACUCGUUGGGUUGCCGAUCACCAGCCCCCUACGGCUCAAGUUAUUAGCUACGAGAAAACAACUGUAGGCUGGGUCUUAGGCACUAUAAGGCGACUCCUUGGGGGGUCCAAGUAUUGGCCUCAGCGCCUGUAUCCACAUUGCGAAAGCUGCAGCCUGAAACAAGCUGUGGCUGUCAGAAAGCAAACAGCUGCCACUGCAGCUGCAGUCGUGAGCUCUGCUAUUCCCUCCCAAGAAGUAGCAGCGAAACUCCGAGAGAAGCGCAGCCAAUUACUCCAGCAGAAACUGAUCUUUAGGGCGCGCUCCUUCCGUCUGUGGCACCUCACAGGGGGGAUCGUUUCUCUCAUCCGCUGCCUUGACGCCCUCUAA